AUGGCAGGCAAAGUAGCAUUGUUGCGGCCGCAGCACGAGAGGGAGAUGGAGAAGAAUCUUCUCGAGAACCAGGCACAACUCUUUGACGCAAAGGAUGGUUUGGAAGACAUGGGACCAAAACUGUCGUCCAGAGAACAACCCCGGCGCGCGGCUGCUCAAGUGAAAAGGGGUCGUGUGUGGGAGGUCGAAUCUCUGAGCGAGGACGAGGACGAUAGGGUCACGCCUUCAACUCGUGGUCCCAAACGCGAGCGUCAAUCUGAGCGUAGGAAGGAGAAUUAUAUCGACGAUGUAGAAAGCGGAGAGGAUGGGGAUGAAGUUGAAGUUGAAGAUGAGGGCGAUGUGGAUAUGAGCGGCGAGGAUGUAGACUCAGACGGGGACGAGGAUGAUGGCUCGUAG